CAAAGCGACCGCGAUGGAGAUCGCCUCGUCUACGGCUUUGGCGCUGCAUGCGCUGGGAAGAGCUUCCAGAAUGCCUCUGCCGGCGGCAGUGCGGAGCUCCAGGAGGCUUGAGAUUUCGUCUCCCGGAUCGAUCAGGUUUGCUGCGCCAGACAGUAGCGGACGAAGGCGAUCGCUGUCGAGAUCGCGGCCGCAGUGCUCGCGGCUUCCAUCGGCGGUGGAAGAGAGGUCUCUGAAGGACAGGGUUCGCAGAAUCGCGGCUUUGUUCUUGGGGAGCUCGGCCCUUUUGCUCGCGGCGGGCAUGAAUUCGUGUAGAGUUGCCAGGGCGGAGGAAGCCAUAGCCAGCGCUAACGAGAAUGUGGCCACUACCACGGCUGUGGAGCAAAAAGAAGGCGCUCCAGAGAAGAAGAAGACUUUGAGGAGGAGAACGCAGGAGGAGGAGGAGGAGAUCUUGGAUGAUCUCACUCGGCUCCACGGAUUCAUGGAGAAGAGGGACAUGCCAGCGGCGAUCAAGGUCCUUUCCAAGCUCAUCGACAUGAAUCCGUCGCAGCUAGAGUUUAGAUUCAUCCGCGGCCACGCUUAUGAGUACAUUGGAGAUUUGGACAACGCUCUCAAGGAGUUUGAGGAUGCCGUGAAGGUGGACCCUCUGUCCCUUCGAGCACUCCAAGGCCUUGCGUUGGUUCUCAAGAAGCAAGGCAAAGACAUCGAUUUCAUCCAGAAAAUCGUGGAGGACGCCGCGGCAAAGGCCACCGAAGAGGACAGGCCCAAGGACGCGAGGAACUUCCGGAUGCUCAGAGGCCAGCUCCUCACUCUCAAGGAAGAAUUGCCACAAGCUCUGGAACUCUACGAGCAGCUGAGCAAGGAGGAUCCGACAGACUUCCGUCCACACGUCUGCCAAGGGCUGGUUUGCUGCAUGCUGGGAGAACUAGAUCAAGCCGAAGAACACUUCAGCAAUUUUGAGAAGUACUGCCCGCAAUACUACGAAGGUAGGGAGGCGAUCGAGGAACUGGUUAACAGGGCACGAAGCGAUGCCAAGCAGCGCAUGGAAGAAGAAAGCUCCAAAGUAGCGACCCAAUCUUAAAGCUGGGAUAAAAUGGAAACCAUGGAAAGAAAUUUUGCUCGUAUCCAUAAGAGAUUGUUAACCUGCAUUAAUUGUCACUAAUUGAGUUUAGUGAUAAAUAAUUAGAUUUAUAAGCUA